AUGCAACUAGAAGUAUCAGCGGCACCCGAAGCAGCACAAGCCACAGCAACACUGCCCCAAACAGCCGCCACAACGUCAGAAGCACAGGAGGUACCACGUGAAGCAGCAGCAGAGAAACCCGAGGCAUCACAACCUGAAGCAGCACAGGCGCUACUCAUAGCAGUGCCAACACCACCUGAAACAGCCGCCACAUUGUCAGACGCACCGGAAGCACCACGUGAAGCAGCAUUCAUCACAGGCUGUACUGAUAUGGAGGAGGGCGAAGAUGAGAUGGGAGAGGAGGGCAGAUGUUGCAAUGGGGGGGGCAUGCAUGCGGACACUGCAUGUCAGUCCCAUGGAGAGAAGCAAGGGGAAGGCAAGAUGGAAGCACAGGAUGAUUUGUGCAGUUCGGGUAUGCAUGUGGACGCCCAAUGCGCAUCACAUGAAGACAAGCGAGGAAAAGAUAAGACGGCAAUGCAGGGCGAUCUCUGCAGUACAGGUAUGCAUGUGGAUGCCUCAGAUGCAUCGCAUGAAGAGAAGCAGUGUUCAGAAGCCCACCCCCCUUUGCCUUCUCUCCGCUAUGUCCUCUCUGGAGCAGUGCAGCGUACAGAGUGCAGAGUGCAGCAGCUGCCUGUUGAAUCCCCUCCAAGAACAAUGGCCUGCCUGGAGCCGGGCAGGGUGCAGCGGCUGGUGCUGGCGGGGUCAGGGCUGAUGACGUCAGCAGAGGAGCACGCAGCGGUGCUGGGCGAGUGGCAGGUGGCGCACAUAGCGGAGCUGCUGCUGCCCGAUGACCCCCAGGGCGUGCAGCGCCUCAUGCACCUCGCCUAUGCCCACGAGGCGCCUGCUCUUCCUGCCUGGGUGCUGCGCUCAACUCACGAGGCCCUGUUUGACAACAAAGAGGAGAAGCUCGCCAUGCUGGACGCAGUGCUCAUGUACCUCUCCCAACCGGGCCUCGAUGGAACGGGCCUCGAUGAAUCGGGCCUUGAUCAAGCGAGGCCGAAUGGAACGACGACUAAUAGUGGGACGGCCAUGAGGGAUGAGGGCGUGGGUGAAACGGGUGUGAAUGGGCGUGAGGGAAGGGGCGAAGGGGAGAGCAGGAGGGAGAGUGGCGCACGUGCGUUGCCAGGCCUCGACGCGCUUGACAUCCCGGUGCCUCCAGUGGAGACUCUUCUGGUGUGGGGCAGCCGGGAUUCCAUCUUUCCUCUCUCCGUGGCGCACCGCAUGCACAGUCACUUUGGCCCCGUCGCAUCAUUAGAGGUGCUGGAGGGAGCAUCACAUGCUCUCAACAUCCAUCGACCAAAGCCCUUCAACGAUGCUGUCAUGCGCCCGCCCCGCCAGCCCAUAACACUGGCGGGUGGUAACCACCUCUACUUCACCCCUUUCCCCCCUCCUCCCUGUCAUCCCAGUUCAUCCCGCCAGCCCAUAACACUGGCGGGUGGUAACCACCUCUCAUCCCGCCAGCCCAUAACACUGGCGGGUGGUAACCACCUCUACUUCACCCCUUUCCCCCCUCCUCCCUGUCAUCCCAGUUCAUCCCGCCAGCCCAUAACACUGGCGGGUGGUAACCACCUCUACUUCACCCCUUUCCCCCCUUCUCCCUGUCAUCCCAGCCUAUCCCGCCAGCCCAUAACACUCGCAGGGCAUGAAGAGAGCAUGGAUAAAGUGAGGGAGGUGAGAGUAACGAUGGAGAGGAGUGAAGAGGUUUGGAGAAGGGUGUCUGAAAAUGGGCUGGUGGCGGAUGGUGGCAUUGGCAUGAGCAGAACGUGGAUCGGGCGAGGGAGAGAUGCGGUGGCGUGGGUGGAGAAGUGUGGAGAGGAGUGCAGAGGGGUUUGCUGUUUAGGUGGAGAGGGGUUGGAGAGUGGCGGAGAGUGGUGGAUAGCGGUGGAGACGGGAUGGGAGCUGGGCAUAAUGUGGGCUGUCCGCAAUCCCAAGGACCCCCGCCGCCCCACCAUGCACCGCCUGCACCUCGUGGCGCGCAGUGGCAAGCUGCACCCCAAGCGCCGCCAGUCCGCCCCGCCUGCUGCCAGCAAGGGCAAGAAGGGCAGCGACGCCGCUGUGAACGUCACCGCUGAGCCGUUUCUGCUGCGCGUGGCGUAUAACAACAAGCAGCUGGCUGUGCCGUUUGUGAUGGGGGAGGUGGUGGAGGGCGGGGGAGGGAGUGUGCUGGCGACAAACGGGAGUGGGUAUAGUGCGGGGGUGAGCAGUAGCAGUGGGUGGAUGGCUGAGGUGGGGGGUCGGGUGGAGGAUGGGAGAGGGAUUGGCAGCUGCGGCGGCAGUGGGGAGAGGGAUGGGUGCAGUGGGUUUACUCUGCGGUUGGAGGAGGUGGAGAAAUUCGGCCAGUUUGCCGUCGAGCGGUACGAGCUGGCGGUUGCUGACGUGGCACGGAUGAUCAUACGCGCACGCGUGGCGCAUCCAAUGCUGCAAACCCCGACAGACUCACAGGCGCACUUCAGUGUGGAAUUUCUUCUAGUGGAUUCCACUCCAGGCAUGCAUGGGGUGCUGGGGCAGACCUACCAGCAGGCACCUGAGAGGGCGGCACGGGUGGCAGGGGUGGUGGAGAGAGCGAGGAAGACGGGGCUUCCCGUGAUGACUGAUGAGGAGGCUGGGAAGGGGUUUUUGGAUGGGGAGGUGGGGGAUUAUGAGUCGACCCACAUUGGGGCGCCCAAUUGUAAAUUCACGCGGUUCGGCAAGAACGAUAGCGCAAGGGGCGCUUCGCCUUUCAGGAUUGACGCCAGUGGACUCCUCUGGUCGUCCCUCGCCCCCCCCAGCCCCCCCUUUCCCUCCCCCUCCCCAACCUUGUUGAGCGUGAAGUGGCAGAAGGAGGUGUUUGCAGGGGUGGAGAUCGACACACAGCAGCCGCCCCUAGUGUUCAAGGGGCAGCUCUACGCGCUCACUGGCGUGCCGCCCGACAGGCAGAAGAUCAUGGUCAAGGGCGGCCUGCUGCAGGACGAUGCUGAUUGGUCGAAGCUGGGCAUCAAGGAGGGGCAGCGCCUGAUGAUGAUGGGCACGGCAGACGCAGCUCCAGUGGCGCCCGCCCAGGCAGUCGUGUUCGUGGAGGACCUGCCCGAGGAGGAGCAGGAGGCCGCCGCACAGAAGGAGUGGUCAGCGGGGUUGGAGAAUCUGGGCAACACGUGCUACAUGAACGCCACGCUGCAGUGCCUCCACUCUGUGCCGCCCCUGCGCUCCGCCCUCUCCCAGUACGCCCCAUCGAGUGGCAUAGAGGCGGACAGCUCGCACCGCCUGGCGCUGGCAGCGAGGGACCUCUUUGGGGAGCUCGACAAGUCCCGCCGCCCCGUCACUCCCCUGCGCUUCCUAAUGCUGCUAAGGCAGAGAUUCCCGCAGUUCGCCCAGCAGGGAGAGCAUGGUGCAUACAUGCAGCAGGAUGCAGAGGAGUGUUGGACGCAGCUGCUCUUCUCGCUCGCCCAACGCCUCCGCAGCGUCAGGCAGCCCUCGCAAGCUGAGGUGGACAACAUAUUCGGGAUUGAACUAGUCAGCAAGGUGCGGUGUGCGGAGGGAGGGGAGGGCGCGGAGGGCAACGGGGAGGAGAGCGAGGAGAAGGAGACGGCGUUCAUGCUGAAAUGCCACAUCAGCAGCGACGUUAACCUGUUGCAUGAAGGCAUCAAGAGGGGCCUAAGGACGGAGCUCGAGAAGGUAUCGGCAUCGCUCGGCCGCUCCGCUGUCUUUGCAAAGGAGUCUCUCAUCGCCCGUCUUCCCCACUACCUCACGGUGCAGUUUGUGCGUUUCUUCUGGAAGCGCGAGUCGCAGCAGAAGGCCAAGAUCCUCCGGAGGGUGACGUACCCCCUCGUGUUGGACGUCUAUGACUUCUGCACGCCUGAGCUCAGAGCCAAGCUGGAUGGGCCCAGGAAACGCCUGCGCCUGGCGGAUGACAUCAAGGCGGGAUUGGUUGAGGGCAAGGGGAAGGGCAAGGAGUGGGAGGCGGACGCGGGGGGGAAGGAGGGGGAGAAGAUGGAGGUGGAAGGGGGCAGUGCGGCUAAGGGGCUGGGAGGGGCAGCGGAGGGGAGUGGGAGUGCGGAGGGGAAGACAGGGGGGGCGGCACAGGGAGCAGAGGCGAAGGGCGGAGCGGGGGAGGCAGGAGAGGGGAAGGAGGAGGGAGGGGGAGGAGCAGCAAUGGAUGUGGAUGGGACUGCGACCGCACAGGCUUCUGAUGCGACUGCCGCCACAGCCGCAGACAGCAAGGAGAGCGGAGAAGGUAGGGGCCAUGACCAUGGGCAUCUGUCUCCAUUAG